AUCCUCAUCCGCGCCAAAGAAGUUCCGCUGCGUCCAUCCCCCUUUCUCUCCCCUCCCCUUCGCCCUGUGGGCCUUCCAUUGUUUCGAACUCCCAUCCAGUUGUAAUUUUCUUUUUUUCUGCAUUUAUAAAAACAUUUUUGCAAUGCCCGGGAUGAUGGAGAAAGGGUCGGAAUACCUGGGGAAAGGCCGAUCAAACGGCACCAAGAGCCCGGCUGGAGCCUCUUCCAAUGGACAUUAUUCCGAGGAGAGUGGCAGCGACGACGAGCACGGUGAUGUCGGAAUGCGAGUGGGCUCUGAUUAUCAGGCAUCCAUUCCAGAAUUUAACCCCGGUGCUACAAAGUAUAGUGAUAAGGAAAUUGGUGGCAUGCUGGUUUGGUCCCCUUAUCAUGUUAUUCCUGAUGUAAAGCUGGAUGAAUAUAUUGCAGUAGCAAAGGAAAAGCAUGGCUACAAUGUGGAACAGGCUUUGGGAAUGUUAUUCUGGCACAAACACAACAUUGAGAAGUCAUUGGCGGACUUGCCUAACUUCACCCCUUUUCCAGACGAAUGGACUGUGGAAGAUAAGGUCCUGUUUGAACAGGCCUUCAGUUUUCAUGGAAAAAGUUUUCACAGGAUUCAGCAAAUGCUACCAGAUAAGUCAAUUGCAAGUCUAGUGAAGUACUACUACUCCUGGAAAAAAACUCGAUCACGAACAAGUUUAAUGGAUCGGCAAGCACGAAAAUUAGCAAGUAGAAACAAUCAAGAUGAAAGUGAUGAUGGAAUGGAGGAAGGAGCUGCAAAUGACGUUACUGACAGUGAUUAUGAUCCCACUAAGGAAACUAAGAAAGAGGGUAAUCCUGAUCCACCUGUGCAGGUCAGCAGAGUUGGUUCAGUCAGACGUGAGCUUCCAAGUUUGCAGCAUCGUCACCACCCUCUUCGAUCCAAGUGCCGCCCACCAAAAGGAAUGUAUCUUAGCCAAGAAGAUGUUGGAGCCAUGUCCUGCAGCCCAAAUGCAGCAAGUACCAUUCUUAGACAGCUUGAUAUGGAACUAAUCUCAUUGAAGCGCCAGGUACAAAAUGCCAAGCAAGUUAACAGUGCACUGAAGCUGAAAUUAGAAGGAGGCAUAGAAGAAUUCAGACCAUCUGAGUCCACUCAAAAAAUCAAUGCACGUUGGACAACAGAGGAGCAGCUACUUGCAGUACAAGGUGUCCGUAAAUAUGGGAAGGACUUUCAAGCCAUUGCAGACGUAAUUGGAAACAAAACUGUUGGCCAAGUGAAGAACUUUUUUGUUAACUACAGACGUCGUUUUAAUCUUGAAGAGGUCCUACAGGAAUGGGAGGCAGAGCAAGGAACACAAGAAUCAAAUGGAGUUUCUCCCACACCAGGGGAGGAAGGAAAGCCUACUUUGAUUUCCGUUCCAGCAAAAAGUCCAGAUAUAGAAGAGGAGGUAGUUCAACCUCCUCCAGCUUCUGGCCCAGCACCUCCAACUCCAGUUACUGUAGCUGUUACAUGUGUCGCUACCUUAAACCAGCCUCCACCACUGCUUCGACCAGUGCUUCCUGCAGCUCCUGCUCUUCAUCGUCAACCACCUCCUCUCCAGCAACAGACUCGAUUUUUACAGCCAAGACCUUCCCUUAACCAACCACCACCCCCACUAAUUCGUCCAAGUAACCCUAUUCCACCCCGUUUGAAUCCUAGGCCAGUACUACAGCAGCCUCCAUCACUGAUUGGAAUUCAGUCUGAAUCACAGUCUUCAUCUUUACAUUGACUUAGUUUUUUCUUUGCUUUAUGACCUAAAACAAAAAAGUUAGCUUGUGUGGCUUUGUUUAACUGAAGAUGCUUCACAUAACCCAAAAUUCACCAACUAAGAAGAAUGUUUCACACUAUCUAAUUGCAUCUUGAUGUACUCCAUCUCUGCGAGUUCUACGUUUUGGGUGAAUUGAACUCCUGACAACACAACAAUUUAAAUUAGAUGAUUUAUUGUAUAUCAACAUAUCUUUUUUGUACAGAAAAAUAAAAGCCAGUAAGAUUGACACCUGAGAAACUUAAAAAUAUUUUUAACACAAUUAUUUAUGAAAUUUGAUGCACCACAGCCCUUGUUUUAUUGCCCUGUAUUAAUUUAUUAUAUUUGAAAAUACAGUAUUCAGCAAAUAAAGGCGAAAACAUCAGGAAACAUUUAAGAUUGUAUUGUGUGAAAUACAGUCUUUUGAAAUUGUAUUUUUUAUGGUUAAAACUUUUUGGACUUGACAGCAUUAACUCCUGGUUGUACGAGUCAAAAACUUAGUCCCAAGGAAGUGCACUUAAUUCAACUUAUUUCCAAAAUAGGUAUUUUGGUUUGAAACACCAGUUGGUAAGAUUGAAAAUUAAUCUUAAUUUGUUAAAUGUUAUCAAUUUGCUGCAUAUAAUUUCAGCUUUGAAUUUUGUAAAAUGGUUAACAUUGCCGAAAGUGAAAUAGUUACUGCAUUUAAUUGGUUUUGAUACCAAAGAGGUGCACUUGGUUUAGGAAAACUCCAGAUAAUCUUCUUGUUAAUUAACAUUUCAGUAAUGUUAAAUGCCUGUUCCCAGCUUAUCAAAAUCUGUCAUUACUCCUACCUUUUUAAAUAUCUAUUUAUAAAAUGAUUAAUAAUUACUGAAAUGUGGCAAUUGCUGCAUUUUUGUAGCAAACAUAUUUUAAAUUUCUGAUAAAUAUUAAAUGCAUUUCUUAUAAAUUAAAGUGAUUUCCUCAUAGGAUACAAGUAGUGAGUCCUGUUCGAACUGAGAUGAUCAUCACUAAGGGUACAUUCAUCAUGCUAUCAAAUCAGUACGGUUAAAGUUGUUGACAAUGAUGGCCGAGAAUAGGUCCUAGAACAGUUAUUUCCAAGCCAGUAGUUUGUGGGUCUGAGUUGUAAGGGUGUCCUUCAUAGUGCUGUACACCUUGAGUGUGAACUUUUUCAGUUUUCAUUCUAGCCAGUACACUGAACAGUAGAGUACAAUAGGAUACUUACUGUGAGGGGAAAGUGACUAGGCUAGCACAGGCACCAUUGCCUUACCCUAAAAAUGUGCCUCCAGUUGGCUGCUGAUAAUAGACCAUUAACUAUGAUCUUGUAUUAGAGGACAGUCCACAGAAUCAUGCUUCCCCAGCAGGAGACUCAAAUGUGCCUUGCGGGGAAAUAGAGGAGGCACGGGUGUGGAGGUUUUUCAGAUAGUUACUUUUUAUUAAAAAUGGCUUGAGACUGUAAUUGGUAUGCAUUAAUUCUUUUUUUCCGUGUAAGAUGUUUGAAAAUACUAAAAUGAAAUACUGUAAUUUGAUGUAGAAAAUAGCACAAAGAAGAACCUAUAAAACCUCAAAGUACUUUAGUUUACUGUACAUAUUGACAUGAAUUUUGUCUUAUUUUAGUUUUCGUUUUCAGUUUAUAGGAUGUGUAACAACUGUGCAUGUACAGUCAGAGCUCCCUUAUUUAUCUGUUAAGUCAGACAUUCGGCAUGUAUUUUAAGCAGUAUUUUUAGUGUAAGAAAUUGUGUGCUUGCUCCUUUGCUGUAUUAAACUUCUAUCUGGAAA